ACUGAAUCAGGAUUACCAAGUCAAACCCAAUUAAAAAAGAAAGAAAACAAAGAAAUUAAUCUACAUCCAUAACCAUAAGAUGGAUUAAUAUACUAAUUAAAUAUAGAAAGUCUGAGGGUAGGAUGAUAAGGAGAGAAGAAGAUGGCGCCACGAAAUUUCAAAGAAGGUUCAACCCCAUAAGGCUCAAAUUAUUUCAUUCAACGUUUACAGAUUUCAGUCAGCUGCUAAUUCUAAUUAAGCAAGGUUUAAGCUACAAUGAACUCGCAACCAAACUCACCAAUUGCUAAUGGAGGAAGAGAUCACGCAGUUAUUCCAAUUCCAGCGGUUAACCAUAUUCAGACGACAACAUCAUUGGAUCAAAGAAUUAAGGAAACGAAAUGGCUGCUGCAUCCAUCAUCUGGAAACUUCUCUUGCUGCAUCUUCAGAGUGCCUCAACACCUCUUGGAAAUCAACAAGAAGGCCUACCAACCUCAUAUAGUUUCUAUAGGUCCUUACCACUAUGGCAACAUGCGUUUGGAGAUGAUGCAGCAGCAUAAGUGGAGAUUUCUUCGUGAUUUACUUGCUCGAACACCAUCAAAUGGACCGAGACUUGAUCACUACAGGCAGGUUGUAGCAUCGAUGGAAGAAAACAUAAGAGGGUGCUAUUCGGAGACAAUCAAUUUAAACAGUCAUGAUCUAGUUGAGAUAAUGGUGUUGGAUGGUUUGUUUACCGUUGAGCUCUUUUGCAAAGUUGGAAGGUUGUCACCAAGUGAUCCAGAUGAUCCCAUCUUUAACUUGGCAUGGGUAUUUGCUAGCCUCAUACGCGAUCUUUUUCGUUUAGAAAACCAAAUUCCCUUCUUCGUUCUUCAAAAGUUAUUCGAUGAAUCAAAAGCGUCAAGAGAGGAGAGUGAGUCAUCCCUUGCCAAACUUGCUUUGGAAUUCUUAAAUUAUGCAUUAGAAAUACCUGAUUUCAGUAUUACUGAAGGAAAACAUUUACUAGAUUUACUUCGCUUGAGUUUUAUUCCUAAACCCUAUGAUCAUUCGCUUCAAGAUCAAGCUAGAAAUGUUAGUCGUCCAUUAGUUCAAUUGAUUCGAUCUGCGAAGAAGCCUCUAGAAGGAACAAGGAAGGCAGUGAAAAAAUUUGCAGCACGAAUCAAGUCCAAGACCAGGAAGGGAAAUAUUUCUCCAUCGAUUGAAUUUAUCCAAUCAGCCGGAAAGCUUCACCUAGCUGGAAUUAAGUUCAAGACAAGGGAUGCAAUGAGCUUCUUGGAUAUAAGAUUUCUCAAGGGAGCGCUUGAAAUUCCACACAUAGUACUAGAUGAUAUACGCACUGACUUAUUCAUGAAUUGUGUAGCAUUUGAACAGUGCUACUCUCAUUGCUCAAAGCAUGUCACCACUUAUGCUGCAUUCAUGAGUUGCCUCAUCCGCACGCCUGCAGAUGUCUCAUUCCUCUGUGACAAAAAGAUUAUUGAGAAUUAUCUAGGAACUGAUGUGGAGGCUGCUGAUUUCUUCAAAAACCUUGGAAAAGACGUGCCUUUUGAUAUUGAUGAGAGUUAUCUAUGCGAAUUGUUCAAGGAUGUGAAUGAAUACCAUAGAAAUGUUUGGCGUGUACAAUGUGCGGGUUUCAGAUUCAAGUACUUCUCGACUCCGUGGUCUUUCUUAUCCGCUGUAGCUGCUGUUAUACUUCUACUGUUUACCGCAGUUCAAGCCUUUUUUGCUUGCUAUGCGUAUUUCCGUCCCCCAAAAUCUGGGGGAUAGGCUUAACCAUCAUAUUUCAAAGCAUUGUCCUCUAGCUGUUGGAUCGGUCAUUGCCGACGUCUCUGCGAUUUCUUCUUUUUAAGAAAGUUAUAUAAGUUGCUGAAACGUUUGAACAUUGUUACUUGUUUAUUUCCAUGUAAAUCUAGCAUAUUACUCUCAGUUUUGUGUCAAGCCACCAUCUUUGAUAAUGUGCUGAUCUAGGAACAAAGAUGUUCGAACAUAAGCUUUAUUAAGUGAAAAUUUAAAAACCGA